GGAGGCGGUAUCGCCUCCGGCCAGCACUACGAGGAAGGGGUGCGGAGACCGUCACGGCCGCGGCAGGCCACGGCGAGGGGCAGCCGAAGGGCCGAGGAGAGACGCGGCCGCCAUGAAGCGAGCGGAAACCCACCUGCGGCUCCAGCAGGCACCAGCAUCACUUCCGCCAACUCGCUGCUGAGACACAGAGCCCGCGGCCCAGCAGCGGCCAAUCGCCUGCCUCCAAGAAGGGCGGGCCGCGCACCCAUUGGCCGGCGAAUCGCAUUUGUGCGGGCGGUCGGGCGAGCGAUGACCUGUAGUCGGAAGUGCUGCCUGCGGGGUGUGCGCUGUAGGGGACAACAUGGCGGCGCGGGCUGCGGCGGCGCGGCCCUGGCGGCGGCUGGUACCGGCGGCGCUGUGGGCGCGGCCGCGCCGCCUGCAGCACGAGCAGCUGCCCGAGCACUCGGACCAGCCCAUACAAAUGGAGAACCCCUAUAAAGAGCCUCCAAAAAGAUGUGUCUUAUGUGGAAUAAAUGUGGACUACAAGAAUGUGCAGCUUCUUUCCCAGUUUGUUUCUCCGCAUACUGGCCGCAUUUAUGGCAGGCAUAUAACAGGUUUGUGCAACAAGAAGCAGAAGGAAAUUACAAAAGCCAUUAAAAGAGCUCAAGUAAUUGGAUUUAUGCCAGUUAUGUUUAAGAACCCAGCAUUUCUCACAGACCCCAAGAUAUGUAAUAUUAGAUAUCCAGAGUAAUAUACUGUAAAGAAAUAAACAAUAAAACUACUUUUCAUGAUUA